AUGGCACAGGCUUUGCAUGUCAACCCUGAACACCUCGCUCUCCACCCGGCUAAUCAAGAGCCCGACGUUUCCUCUGCGGUAUCGUACUCUGCUACAGAGUUUUUGGCUGCUCUUGGCCCGGGAGCUGCCGCUGGCACCUCUCCUUUUGGGGCUGCCGGCGCCCUUGCUGGAGCUGGUGGCGUCCCUGGCACCCUGCCGGGUGUCCUCACACAGGGGCCUGCUUUCGCUGUCGCCCCGAUUAUGGCUCAGGGAAACUACCCCGGGGUGCUAUUGCAAGUCAUUUUGACCGCACAACCAGCAUCGACCGAGCUUCAGCCCAUGGUGCCCAUGGGUUUGCCCGACCUCACGAUCGGCCAACACUUCCCACAGGGAGUAAACCCUGUUGCAGUAGGCUCCAUCUAUUUCCAGCCGCUCGGGCCUAAUGAAUCGCUGCUGGUCACCCCCUCACCUGGUCCGGUGUUGGACCAGCCGUCCAGGAUGUCCCAGCUAGAGGACUGGGCCCCCGUUUUGCACGGGGUUGCAUAUGAGGCUCACGACGUGUUACUUGGGACCAUCUUCGCUGAUGACAAUAGCGAUCCCUUUGCAACCGGUACCCCUGUACGCUCGACUGCACGCGAGACGUUUCUUGACAUUAGGGCAUGCUUCGAGGAUCAGGAGUUGCGGAAGAGGAAUCCGUUAUCACGCCGCCUUCCCGAACAGUAUUGGGUAUCCGAUGACAUAGUGACCCUCAUAGCAGACUCCCUCGGCAACUUCAGGUCUCGGCUGAAGGAUCUCGCACAGAAACUCAUCGACAUCGACCCUAUCAACGACCGCAACCCUCUCCCCGUACAGAUGUAUAAAAGUUUUUAUCUGCACGCUCCCGACAUCAACGCAGACAGUGAUGGGCCUGCGCCUCCAUCCCUCGUUCGCCAAAGAGCCAUAACUUUGAGGGAGCACGAACUGUUCAUGCACCGUGGCACCGCGCUACCGAACGGCCGAUUCCAACACGACUAUAGCAACCCGGUGCUAUUCCGCUUGGUAGAGAGAGCAUUCUAUGAGGGAAACACCUUCGGCGGCCAACAUUCACUCGCCCGGGCAAUUGACGCAAUUUAUAGAAAGUACUUCCCGAACGUCCCGGACGAGGAAGUACCUUUCUGCACAUCCAUCCCAAUCACCACCAUCACCCUAUGCGCCACUGUAAUUGCGAACGUGCUUGAUCAACAUUGCAAAACCGGCUUCUUCGACCACAUCCGCUUUCACCGCGAUAAAUACCGCAUGUUAUUUACGGACAUUCACAACGAGCUCUAUCUGGCGCUGCAGGACCCAGCAUUCGGCCCUGUUUAUCGUGAUUUUUUGCAGCAGCAUGCUGAGUCGUUCCUUCGAGGCCGCCUGUUGCCAGUACCGGGCGCUGGCGAGGGGCUGUAA